CAGGGGCUCUGGGGACCUCAGUCGCCUGCCCCACCCCGGCGAUGGGCUCCGAGGCCACGCAGCUAGUGGAGGCUGCCGACUUCGCAGCUCGCAAGCACCGACUGCAGCGGCGCAAGGACCCCGAAGGGACACCCUACAUCAACCACCCUAUCGGUGUGGCUCGGAUCCUGACCCAUGAGGCGGGAGUUACUGACAUUGUGGUGUUACAGGCAGCGCUGCUCCAUGACACAGUGGAGGACACAGACACCACCCUGGAUGAGGUGGAGCUGCACUUCGGGGCACAAGUGCGGCGCCUGGUGGAGGAGGUAACAGAUGACAAGACUCUGCCCAAGCUGGAGAGGAAGCGGCUGCAGGUGGAGCAGGCUCCCCACAGCAGUCCCGGGGCUAAACUGGUGAAGCUGGCAGACAAGCUGUACAAUCUGAGGGACCUGAAUCGCUGCACCCCAGAGGGAUGGUCUGAACAUCGAGUCCAGGAAUACUUCGAGUGGGCAGCGCAAGUGGUGAAGGGGCUUCAGGGAACAAACCGACAGCUGGAAGAGGCUCUAAAGCAGUUGUUUAAGGAGCGGGGGCUGACACUCUGAGCAGUGCUUGCAGCUACCAGGUGGCCCAGACUUCAGCCUCCUCCGGCCAGAAAGGAAUCAUAUUCCAACCUUUUGGUGCCUCUGGAUCUCACUCCCUGAUUUAUUCAGCCCAGAUAUCUCUCAAUGUUUCCUGCCAAGUAAGCUGAGCCCUGGAUUGAGGAAAUCAGAUGCAGCUCAUCCAUUUCUAACGCAUUUACUGCCCCUUCUCCUUGGGUCUCUUUGCUAUUUUGCAUGGGCCAAAACCCUGCCCCCUCCCCCCCCGGGACUUGGGCUUAUAUAAACACGCAUAAGUCAUUAUGGAAAAUAAAACAUUUUGGGUAAAGUUUUAA